AUCUCUACUUCACUCUACGUGAGACAGUUUCUUGUAUGGGUAGUGGAAUCGUCGAAAAGAUUCGUUGUGAAAAAAAAAAUAUAUUUAUACAUUUUUGUAAUCAAUCCCGGCUGUGUUCGAAAUCUUUUGGUGAUUUAAGUAAUAGGUAAGGAGAAAAAGGGGUGAAUGGAAACUAAAUGGAAAGUCUGAAGAUGUGGACAUUAAUGCCAAUCCUGUUUUUAAUGCUGUUGACCAGUUCGUUUGGGAUGGAUUCAAUAUCGGAGCUCCUUCGGACGCAUCCAACUUGGUCGUUUGAGCUGAGGAGCGUCGAAUCAUUAGUCCAGGAUGGGAUGAAACAACUUCGAAAUGCCCAUGCAGAGUUCGAUAUCCCUGAGGACAUGCUGCGGAGGAAAAUUGAGAGUUACGUUAGGCCAGGAGAAACGCAUGUCGUGUUCAAGACAGGGGAUCCCAAGUGGCCUGAGCGAGUGCCGCAGUCCUUUGACGCAAGGGAUCACUUCAAGGAGUGCGCUCAUCUUAUCGGGGACAUCGAGGAUGAAGGACCCUGUUACAACGAUGUGCAUGUAACAGUUGCAUCCGUUGCAACAGACAGAUACUGCAUUUAUACUAAUGGGACGUUUAAGGGUCGUUUAUCAUCCGAGUACCUCACCGGAUGCUACUCGUUAUGCACUAAUUUCCAGACUAUUUAUCACACAUGGGACCAAGUAGUCGAAUUUGGUCUUCCCUCUGGUGGAAAAUACAGCUCAAACGAGUAUGGUGGAAUUCAAUGAUCUUUAUCAUUUGCAACACAAUGACCCUUGUCUACCUAUUAAAGAGCACAGUACCGAGGGUGAAAAAAAGCGAGCGAAUAAUUUGUGCAAGAAGCUUGUCGAGACGUACUUGACAUCUCGUAUGUACAAAAGGGAAAGGUCCAGCUGUAAAGAUGCUGAAUUUUUCGGUUGUGAGAGAGAUGACACCGAGGCGUAUGAGACACACAGAUGCACGGUACAAUUCAAAACAACAGGUAUGUGGCCUUUCAGCAGUAUCGGUUCUCACAAGAAGCUGCUUUUGUGCGUGGCAAAAGAUGCAGAGUGGUACGCGAAGACGCAGCAAGAAUACGGUGCGUCACAUGGUUUGACGGAGGUUCCAAGAGGAAAACCUUCCAUCAUCCGGGAUCAAUCUCUCGCGAGUGGCCGCAAUGGCCGCGGACGAUCGAUGGAUCGAACUUACAGCCGCAUGAACACUGGUAAAUCUGAUCGACGCCCUAAUUCCAGAGAUCGACUUACGUGGUGCCAAACUUUGCUAUCAGGAAGAAAUUAUGGGACAUUCUCGUAAGAUGGUGCGAUUGUU